AUGUCGGUGGACACCCAUGACCUCAGCCUUCCUAGCGAAUCGUCAUCAUCGUCAUCAAAUUGCGUACCGGUCCAUGCCGGUCAUUCAUCGCAGACAGAGAUAAAAGUUGAGGUAGAGUGGGUUCCGCUUUUUGUUGUGUUUCAGAAGGUGAAUCACAGCUGGACGGUUAAGAACUUUUCUCACUGCUAUCAGGAAUAUUUGGAGAACUUUGUGUAUCUGUCGAGAGGCGAUGAGACCUUAACAUGGUCAAUCAAAAUAUACCCGAAGGGAAACGGCGAGAACAAUAAAGACUUUGUGUUCUUGUGCCUCAAUCGAGUGGUCAACAGCAAUGCGAAGUCGACGAAAAUAGGUUUUAAGUCUCGAUUUAUGCUCCGGACAGCAGAAUUUAAGGAGAUCGACAUGCGUAUUCAUCCAAAUCCAUCACAUUCGGAUUAUGUGUCAUACAUCAAAAGAGAUAUUUUGUUUCCACAAAUACUACCUAAAGAUUUGAUAAUAGUGAAUGUUGAAAUUGACGUAGCUGUUGAAACGAUCACAACUACGACGGAGCCGAUAAUGACAUCAAAUUGCGAACAACAACUAGUCGAAGACUAUCAACGUCUGUUCCGUGAUGACUUGCUGACGGAUUUCACGAUUCGAGUUGGUGGCAGGGAAAUUCGAGCACAUCGUGCAAUACUUGCUGCUCGGUCACCGGUAUUUCAAGCGAUGCUUAUGCAUGAAUUAACAAAUGAGACAAAAAGUGGAGUUUUGGAAAUCUGCGAUUUGGACUAUGAGGUGGUGUACGAAUUGAUCUAUUAUAUUUAUUGUGGUCGUUGCCAGAAAGAGAUCGGCGAUAUUGCUACUGAUUUACUUAUUGCUGCUGACAAGUAUCGACUUGUUGAGUUGAAAAAUCACUGUGAGAAAUUUCUCGUUGAAAAUUUGGCGAACGAGAACGUCUGCCAGCUAUUGAUAUUGGGCGAUUUAUAUAAUGCAGAACGUUUGCAAGAAAGAGCUGUGCAGUUCAUACUUCAACGUCCAAAGUACAUCACUUCAACACCAGGGUGGGAUGAUAUUUUGAAGCAGCACCCGCAUCUUGUUACUCGUAUUGUGAACCAUUUUGAUAAGGCUCCUACAUCGGGUAGUGCGACUUUGGAUCCGUUGGCGAUUCCUCCACCAUCGUUGUAA